AUGGCCCAACCACACUCGGACACCUCGGACCCCUUCGACACUCUCCUGACCCUGGAAGACACGCUGUACACAGCCGCCUACGACCUGGGUGUCUCGGACGGGGCGCACGCGGGGCGCAUUGAAGGGCGAAUCUUUGGCCUCGAGAAAGGCUUCGAAAAGUUUGCUGCAUUGGGAGAGCUGCAUGGACGAAGCGUAGUAUGGGGCUCGAGGCUUCCCAGCAGCAGUGAAGGGGCCAAAGCAGAGAAGGAGGAAGAUCCAGUGCAUGGAGAAAUAACAGGAACCGCGAAGAUACCGCCGCUACCCAAGAAUGAAAGACUCAAGAACAAUACUACAUUGCUGCAUUCUCUGACGGAUCCCGAGACUUUUGAUACCGCAAACACCGAGGAAGCGGUAGCCGACUUUGACGAUCGGUUGAAGCGUGCUGGAGCCAAGGCCAAGGUAAUCGAGCGUAUCGUUGGAGAGGCGGAUGUUGCUGCGUCUUCUUCAAAGUCACCAGAGGGUUCGCCGGCGGGAGCAAAGACCAAGGGCCCGGUGCGUGUCACGGGACAGGCAAAGAAGGGCAGCGGGAACAAGGGCGACGGCAGCAUGGAGGAUUUCGCAGGGUCAAAGCUGCUGAUAUGA